UAGCAGGAAAAGGCUUGUUUGAGUCUCACCGAGACACACCGAGAGGCAGGGAGAAGAGUCGCUGAGUUUGUGUUCACAAGGAAACUUUGACCUGCUUUGCAGUUACCCUCGAACCAGCUGUUGAGAAAUCCCGGGUCCCGAGGAAUCGAAAUGCUGUACCUGCGUUUCGUGAGAGGAGGAGGGCUGAGUUUCCUGGGGCUGAAGCGAGUGUCCCUCCUCAGCCAUGCCUACCAGAGCUCCCAGCACAUCCAGUACAAGCCCAUCAAGAAAGUCAUGGUGGCCAACCGGGGAGAGAUUGCGAUCCGGGUUUUCCGGGCCUGUACGGAGCUGGGGAUCCGCACGGUGGCCGUGUAUUCAGAGCAGGACACCGGGCAGAUGCACAGGCAGAAGGCUGACGAAGCCUACCUCAUCGGGAAGGGACUGCCCCCUGUGGCGGCUUAUCUGCACAUCCCCGACAUCAUCAAAGUGGCCAAGGAGAAUGGCGUCGAUGCCAUCCACCCUGGUUAUGGCUUCCUCUCGGAGCGUUCCGACUUCGCCCAGGCGUGCAACGACGCGGGUGUGAGGUUCAUCGGGCCCUCCCCCGAAGUGGUGAGGAAGAUGGGAGACAAGGUGGAGGCGCGGGCCAUCGCCAUCAACGCAGGGGUACCGGUGGUCCCUGGCACAAACGCUCCCAUCUCCGCUCUGACUGAGGCGCAGGAGUUUUCAAACAAGUACAGCCUCCCCAUCAUCUUCAAGGCAGCCUAUGGCGGAGGGGGGCGAGGCAUGAGGGUGGUGCGCAGCUACGAGGAGCUGGAGGAGAAUUACACACGGGCUUACUCGGAGGCGCUGGCAGCGUUCGGGAACGGAGCCCUCUUCGUGGAGAAAUUCAUCGAGCGACCCAGGCACAUCGAAGUUCAGAUACUGGGUGAUAAGUUUGGGAACGUGGUUCACCUGUACGAGCGAGACUGCUCCAUCCAGAGGAGGCAUCAGAAGGUGGUGGAGAUCGCGCCGGCCGCUCAGCUCGAACCCCAGCUCCGGAACAGACUGACCAGCGACGCGGUCAAACUCGCCAAGCAGGUGGGCUAUGAGAACGCCGGCACAGUGGAGUUCCUGGUGGAUAAACAUGGGAAGCAUUACUUCAUUGAGGUGAACUCCAGGCUGCAGGUGGAGCACACAGUCACGGAAGAGAUCACAGAUGUCGACCUGGUCCACGCUCAGAUCCACGUGGCCGAGGGGAGGAGCUUGCCUGAUCUGGGUCUCAAGCAGGACAGCAUCAGGAUCAACGGCUGUGCCAUCCAGUGUCGAGUCACCACUGAGGACCCAGCCCGGGGCUUUCAGCCAGACACCGGCCGCAUCGAGGUUUUCCGUAGCGGUGAGGGGAUGGGCAUCAGACUGGACAGCGCGUCUGCCUUCCAGGGAGCGGUCAUCUCUCCGCACUACGACUCCCUGCUGGUCAAGGUCAUCGCCCACGGCAAGGACCACCAGACAGCCGCCAGCAAAAUGAGCCGCGCGCUGGCGGAGUUCCGAAUCCGCGGUGUCAAGACGAACAUUCCCUUCCUCCAGAACGUCCUCAGCAAUGACCAGUUCCUGCACGACACAGUGGACACCCAAUUCAUUGAUGAGAACCCGGACCUGUUCAACCUGAAACCGGUUCAGAACCGGGCCCAGAAGCUGCUCCACUACCUGGGUCACGUGAUGGUGAAUGGGCCCACCACCCCCAUUCCGGUCAAGGCAAAAGCAUCCAGUGUUGACCCAGUGGUUCCUUUGAACCCCUUGGGAGACCCCCCGAAGGGCUUGCGGGACGUUCUCCUCAGGGAAGGUCCGGAAGGGUUUGCCCGGGCCGUGCGGAGGAACAAGGGGCUGCUGUUGAUGGACACCACUUUCCGGGACGCCCACCAGUCCCUGCUGGCCACCCGCGUACGAACCCACGACCUGAAGCCUAUUGCACCCUUUGUCUCGCACAACUUCAGCAAUCUGUUCAGCAUGGAGAACUGGGGAGGCGCUACCUUCGACGUGUCGAUGCGCUUCCUGUACGAGUGCCCGUGGCGGCGUCUGCAGGAGCUGCGCUGCCUCGUUCCCAACGUCCCGUUCCAGAUGCUGCUGCGGGGCGCCAACGCAGUGGGGUACACCAACUACCCCGACAACGCCGUCUUCAAGUUCUGCGAGGUGGCGAAGGAGAAUGGGAUGGAUAUCUUCCGUGUGUUCGACUCUCUCAACUACCUACCCAACAUGAUCCUGGGCAUGGAGGCAGCAGGCCAGGCUGGGGGGGUGGUAGAAGCUGCCAUCUCCUACACGGGCGAUGUGUCCGACCCCAGCCGCACCAAAUACUCCCUCGACUACUACAUCAAACUGGCCGAGGAGCUCGUGAAGGCUGGCACGCACAUCCUCUGCAUCAAAGACAUGGCUGGGCUGCUGAAGCCCAACGCCUCUGCCCUGCUUAUCAAAGCCCUGCGGGAUCGUUUCCCGGACCUGCCCAUCCACGUGCACACCCACGACACGGCUGGGGCGGGCGUGGCCUCCAUGCUGGCGUGCGCGGAGGCUGGCGCAGACAUCGUGGACGUGGCCGUGGACUCCAUGUCGGGGAUGACGUCACAGCCCAGCAUGGGCGCCAUCGUGGCCUGCACCAAGGGAACGGACCUGGACACGGGCAUCGCCCUGGAGAAGGUAUUUGAUUACAGCGAGUACUGGGAGGUGACGCGUGGUCUCUACGCCGCGUUCGACUGCACGGCGACCAUGAAGUCGGGAAACGCAGACGUUUAUGAGAACGAGAUCCCGGGAGGGCAGUACACCAACCUGCACUUCCAGGCUCACAGCAUGGGGCUCGGGAACAAGUUCAAGCAGGUCAAGAAGUCCUACGCCGAGGCGAACAAGCUCCUGGGAGACCUGAUCAAGGUGACCCCCUCCUCCAAGAUCGUGGGGGACCUGGCUCAGUUCAUGGUGCAGAACGGCCUAAGCCGGCAGGAGGUGGAGGAGCAGGCGGACGAGCUGUCCCUCCCCCUGUCUGUGGUGGAGUACCUGCAGGGCUACAUCGGGGUCCCGCAUGGGGGCUUCCCUGAGCCUCUGAGAUCCAAGGUUCUGAAGGACCUCCCUCGUAUGGAGGGUCGCCCCGGGGCCUCGCUGCCCCCCCUGGAUUUCGAGGCGCUGGAGAAGCAGCUGAAGGAGAAGCACCGUGACGAGGUCACCCCAGAGGACGUCCUGUCGGCCGCCAUGUACCCCAAAGUGUUUGACGAAUUCAAGGAGUUCACCUCUCAGUUUGGGCCGGUCGAGUGUCUGAACACCAGACUCUUCCUGGAGGGGCCCAAAAUCGCGGAGGAGUUUAAGGUGGAGCUGGAGCGGGGGAAGACUCUCCAUAUCAAAGCCCUGGCGCUCGGAGAUCUGAACCAAGCAGGGCAGAGACAGGUCUUCUUCGAGCUCAACGGUCAGCUGAGGUCCGUGCUGGUCAAGGACACAGUCGCCAUGAAGGAUUUGCAUUUCCAUCCCAAAGCCCUGAAGGAUGUGAAGGGCCAGGUGGGGGCCCCCAUGCCUGGGAAAGUCAUCGAUCUGAAGGUGAAGGAGGGGGACCCCAUCGAGAAGGGGCGCCCCCUGUGUGUGCUGAGCGCCAUGAAGAUGGAGACCGUGGUGAACUCUCCCAUGUCCGGGACCGUCAAGAAAAUCUACGUCAAAACCGACAUGAGCCUGGAGGGAGACGAUCUGAUUCUGGAGAUUGAAUAAACCAGAACAGAAUUAUCAUCAUCAUCGCAAUAAAAACAGCAUCCAUCCCUUCUAAAAGUUCCCCCAUUGCAAAAGCAAAGUUUGGUAAAGCAUACAAAAGCCCAGAGAUCUGUAGUAAAACUCAUAUAAAAGAGACGCUGAUAAAUAUAGUAUAACCAUGGGGGGGGAGAACUACACACAUACUAGGACACUUUUAGAAGGGAUGUCUUUUCUGAAUUAAAUUGGAGCACCAUUCCAUUAUUACUCAAAGGUUAGAAACUCUAGCCCUGCUGCUGCUGCUGUUGCACCCAGUCCUGUGUUUCAUUAUUAAUUAUUAAUACUGAAAUGAUCAGGAGCCAGGAGUUUGAGCAGGGUUAGAAACACUCACACUAGCCGUGCUGCACGUUGUAAUAAUGAUCUGUAAUAAGUGUUCAGCUGCCUGUUUCGUGUUGCUAGGUGAACAAAUAGUUUAUACGUAUUUAAAAUACACAUGUAUGGAAACAUAUAUUGUCUGUGCAAAAAAAAAAAAGUAUUUGAAAGAAGAAAAAAAAAAACUCUGAACAGCAAAAAAAGUUAUUAAAAGUUGAAUUUAAAUUUGUGUUCUUAAGAACUGGUAAAAUAUGUUACUCUAGACGUCCGCUAUAGAAGAAAAAAAGAUGUCAAGUUAUAGCUUGUUGGUGGGUUUGUCUUUUUCCUCAUUGGCCAAUCAGUAGGAGAAGGGCGUGGUUAUAAGAUCUAAACUCUUAAAGCGCUGAAGCAAGUAUAGUACAGUAUUAAAAUAACAGAUUUGAGAAUCUUACAGAAAUCACAAAGAGAUGGUUUAGUUGUGACGGUUUACAUGGUUGACUGACUUUUUGUAUUUUAAUAUCUGUCAUCUCAAAUUCCUUUAUAUAUGUGCAAUGUUAGUAACAUAAUCUGAUUUAUAUCUGUGGUUUACGCUGGCUAGAUCAAUCUGCUGUGUUUUUGCUGGUAUUACCCGCGCUCUACUCUUGUUGAAAUGUGAUUUUCACAGCUUGCAUCGCGCUUGAUUCCAAAUCAGUGCUUGCCGUCACCCCUCUGUCUAAAUACAUUACGCAGUCUUGGUGUGAACGGAUGGCAUUGCUAAGCUUUUCUAUUGGACAGCCAUGUAGGAAAAAAAAAAGCAGAAUAGCUACCGGUUCGCUGGCCUGGGUAGGGUGACCAUCUGACUCCUUGUACAGCUGGACAGUUCGGGCUUUUCAACUCGCACCCCAGUGCAUUCUGGUACAUGUAGUCCUGCUGUGAAAGGUACCAGAAUGCAUUGCAGUGUUAGUUGAAAAGUCCAAGCUAUCCCAGCGCACAUGCCUAGUCCUGGGUAGGAUGGCAUAUACAUCUACAGAGUAAUUACUAGAUCUUCUACACUUCUCUAUUGUAGAAUACAGAAUGUCUUAUUUGUAGUUCACCCUAUAUAUUUUUGCAUUGUACUGCACAAACUUAACUCUGUUAAACUGAUUUUGGAUAGUUGGACUUGGAAUUGACACAGUUUCCCUGGAGUAUUUUUUAUUCUUCUGAAAUAGCCAGACAGAAAAUUAAAAGCAGGGUGAUCAAACUGCCUGGUCUGAUUAGACUCCAGCGUUUGAAAGUCUUAAUGAAGAAAUCUAACCGGUUAGCCAGACUCUCUAGUUUACAAUGUGAUCUCCGACAGGGUAAAAAAAAAAAAAAAAAAAAAAGGCGUUUAUAUUGAUGGUUAUUGUCUGUAUUCUGCUGUUGCUUUUGUAGUUUAAGAAACUGUCUGCUAAUUUGAAGAAAAAGAGACAAUCUCUUCCAUGCGGUUUAGCCUUUAAUAAUAAAAUAAAAAAUCUUUGAAACUGGA